ACAACACGGACAGAGAGACCAGCCGAGAUAAAACAUGAAGCGAAGUUACGAGAGCGGUUCAAAGAAAAUGAAGAAGAGGGAGAAAAAGCAGGAGUUUUUAACAAACCUGCCAAAGUUGUCACAAGAUACAGUACACAAGACCACGAUCAACCUACUGCCACCCUCUGGAAAACCAAGGUGAGUGCCAGUGCUCAGCUGGAUGAAGAAGCUGAUCAAGCCACAGUGGGUGUCUUUGGCUACACCUGCGCUGUGCUACGCCAUAAACUGUAUUGGCUACAAGAAGGAUGCUCAGAAAGUUCCUGGCUUCAAAUUAAGGACGGACAUGAUGACAGAGAGAAAAACGGACAACGUGAUGAGCCACGGGAGACAAACAAUGUGAUUUCUUCAUCCUGCCAGUAAUUCCUGUUACCAGCUGUUUUACACUUAACAGGGUUUGCUUCAAAGUCCAGUUGUUCGAAGAAUUCUCAGAAGAGUGGUUUGCUGCAUUCCCUGGCCUGUGAUACACGCAGUAAUGGACAGCAGUGAUCCACAGGAUGAUGAAAGACGAGGCAGAGGGAAAGAGAGUGUCGGCAAGAACGACAAACAGCUGAAGAACCAGCUCAACUGUGAAAAAGGAGAGCAGGAGAACAAAGGGAAUGAGAAGGAGAAGAAGAAAGAGAGACGGCGUUCUGGGUCUCUGUGGAGGACUGGAUGGGCGCUGAGUGAAAGACUAGCCAUCAAUGUCUCAGGGAUGCGUUAUGAGACUCAGCUUCGCACCUUAGCCCAAUUCCCUGACUCCAUGCUUGGUGACCCCAGGCGGAGGUCACGGUACUUUGACCCGCUUCGCAACGAACUCUUCCUGGACCGAAAUCGCGCCUGCUUCGAUGCCAUUCUUUACUUUUACCAGUCAGGCGGGAGGCUUCGGAGGCCCGCCAACAUACCCCUGGACAUCUUCAUGGAUGAGCUGACAUUCUACGAGCUGGGAGAGGACAUCAUAAACCGCUUCAAGGAGGACGAGGGUUUUCCAAAAGAGGAGGAGAGGCCGCUGCCAUCCAACGAAAUCCAGAGAAGACUGUGGAUGCUUUUUGAGCAUCCAGAGUCGUCAUCGGGCGCACGCAUCAUAGCCAUCAUCAGUGUUAUGGUCAUUGUGGUGUCCAUCCUCAUCUUCUGCCUGGAGACACUGCCAGACUUCAGGAGUGAGAAAGAGACACGAGAGGAAUAUUUUUACAGGUACCACUCUCAGGCAAAGAACGUAUCUGAGAAUAUGCCUCCUCCACACAGUGUUUUCCAUGACCCCUUUUUCAUGGUGGAGACCAUCUGUAUAUGCUGGUUCUCCUUUGAGCUCCUGAUGCGCUUCGCUUGCUCUCCCAGCAAGACGCACUUCUUCAAGGAUGUCAUGAACAUCAUUGAUUUCAGUGCCAUCCUCCCCUAUUUUGUUACUCUGGGUACCGAGCUGGCUAAAGACAAUGACGCCUCUCCAGCCACAUCCUUGGCCAUCAUCAGAGUCAUCAGAUUAGUGAGGGUGUUCAGGAUCUUCAAGUUGUCUCGUCACUCAAAGGGCCUCCAGAUCCUUGGUCAGACACUGAGGGCCAGCAUGCGUGAGCUGGGCCUGCUUAUUUUUUUCCUGUUUAUCGGUGUCAUCCUUUUCUCCAGCGCCAUCUACUUUGCUGAGGCUGACCACACCAACACAGACUUUAUCAGUAUACCACAUGCCUUCUGGUGGGCAGUUGUCACCAUGACUACAGUGGGCUACGGUGACAUGUACCCAGAGACAGUGUGGGGUAAGAUGGUGGGCUCAAUGUGCGCCAUUGCUGGCGUGCUCACCAUCUCUCUGCCAGUGCCCGUCAUUGUGUCCAACUUUAGCUACUUCUACCAUCGGGAGACUGAAUGUGAGGAUAAUACUGAGUACAGACAUGUCCAGACAAGUCUGUGGGAAGAUGAGGGGCCAGAAGACGAGGAAGGUGAGGAAGGGGAUAGAGAUCCGGAGGGAGAUUAUUAUGCCAUUGAAGGCAUCUGCAGCCCUUUGAAUGGGACUCUGCUGGGUGGACUGUGUACAGGACAGAGCACAGAGUUUAGAGGAGGAAACAUGUAUCUGAGGGAACCACUGGUUACUCAAGUGUAGGGAGGAUGGAUGUUGUUUUGCACCUUUUGACAAGGACAAAACAGAAGUGAAUGAAAAAGCUGAAUGAGACAUGAAAUUUGAAAAAAACAAGAAGCUCAAACCAUAAAUAAAUCUCUAAUAUGUCUACUAAAUACUUAAUAUUGCCUUUACUUGUUCAUUUAUUAGUAUUUAUCACUUGCCAGCAAUUGGCACUGAAAGGCAACUCUUGUACAAUAUAGCUUUAAAAAAGCAAGAAAACAACUGAGUUAGUUUCACAUUCUCAGGUCUUGAUAUACACUGUAAAUAUCAAAUGAGCUGUUACUAAUUAAUGCUUCCAGCUUUGUUUUUGAAGAAGACUUUCUAAAUGUCUGCUCUGUGCCUUGAAACUAUAAUGUCUUAGUAGGGCUACUUGCACUUUUUUGGCUAAUUGUUUAAAAUGAAAGGAGAUAGAUUAUUGGUCGUAUAGAUUUCAUCAAAACUCAUCCAAACACCAGCAGAGCUGUCGACACAGACAGAUUAAAAUUGUGUCAUAAACCAACCCCACAUUCUCAACAUUCUUCUGUAAGUAAUGUACAAAGUUGACAUUUGCGUAGUUUUGGCUCAUGUCACCUGAAGGGACAGGCAUAACCUUUAUCAUGCUGUAAUACAACACUGUUUCACACGUAAUGACACAGUGUUAUCCAUUUGUGUUUAAGAGUGAAGUUUUAAUUGCAGAAGUUCUGUAUUUAGCUGCUGAAUUAGGCCUGUGCAGUCAGUGUUUUUAAUAAAGGUUAUAUUUUAUUAAUUUUCUCAAAA